AUGUCCGUGGUCCCCACUUCUCAGUUAUAUCUUGAUAGCACGGCAAAUCAGUACGACAAUGAAUAUGAGUAUGACUAUGGCUACGAUUCACAGGGGUCAAGUCCAGAAAGCUCCAGUCCCCCAGGCCCCAUCGAGCAUAUCGAGACCAUCGGUGCGAAUUUCAUCGAUCCUUUUAUGACCUACCCUUGGCGUCAUUCUCCAGAAAUCGCCAACGCAUGCCAGGCAUAUUGUACAUCCGUUUUAUGGCCUACCCUUACUCCAGGGGCCAGUAGAUCGGAUGUUUCGGCCUUGAAUUGGUUCCCCUUGAUGAUGUCUGAGCCGACUCUAAUGACGGCCAUCACGUUCGGUUCACUCUCGCAUCAACGGGUACAGUGGCUGAACCGGUGGAUCCCGGACGGCGCAUUUCGGGAGCGAGAGCAGCAGCUUCUAAGAGUCUGCGAAAUGGAGACCAUCGAGCUGAUCAAUCAGGAAAUGAACAAGCCAGGCCGAGCGAUUAGCAACGCGGUCAUUCUAAGUGUAAUGUGUAUGGCACAUAAUGCAACAGAUAUUAGCGAAGAACGACAGUUUCGACACAUUCCGUUCACAUCACCCAUGCGGCGGUUGCAAUGGAUCGACGUCUAUGGCAGUCUGCGGCCAAACCUGGUUCAUGUCCAAGGGUUGAUCUCAAUGAUUAAUCUUCGGGGUGGCCUUGAAGCGAUCGACCUACCUGGGUUGGCUCCCGUAGUGUCUCUGUCGGAUAUCGUGACCUCGAGUGCAUAUCAUACGCCUCCAGUCUUUCCUUUCAUUCCGCUUCGGGCGGAGCGGAAGAAGGUUCCAUUGCGAGACAUGCUUGGGUAUACCAUGGCCGAUGUAGACCGUCAUUACGGCCGACUCCGACAGAUCGGUUUUACCACAGAGAUGAUGGAGGUCUUCCACGCUAUGGACCUUUACAUGAGUAUUGUGGAUGCUUACCUCAAGGGAAAUCAAAUCAGAACGGAUUACUCCCUGCUUGCCGACCAGCGCAAUUUGGUCCAAUACACCUUAUUAUCUCUCCCUGCUGCCAGUCAACUCCCUGGCUUCAGUGGCUAUCAUCAACGCCAUGAGAUCAUCUACGAAGCCUGUCGUCUCGCGGGCUGCAUAUAUGGAUCUGGCGUGGUCUUCCCCCUACCACCACAAAGCACCCCACUGGCUAAACUCUCUAGCCUUCUUAAGGGUGUUCUCGAGGUUCCCGACUGCCUAACUGUCUGGGACCAACCGCAAGCCCGCGUCACCCUUUUAUGGGUUUUGACCCUGGGUGGCAUCGCGGCCGAAGGCACUGUGGACCGAGACUGGUAUGUGGCCACGCUUAUGCAAACAGUACGAUAUAGCCACAUCACCUGCUGGGCCGACCUUCGGGCAAUCGUCGUGCUGCUACCCUGGUACGACGCAGCCUGUGACGAUGCGGGCAACAACCUCUGGCUGGAAAUCGAGAGACUGUCCGCUCGUCCAUCGAACUCAGAUUGA